AUGACCAUCACACUUGCCCGUUCCAUAAAAACAUUCGAGGAACUGGGAGACAAGUUCGUCUCCACCCAUGCCGGGGUCAAAAAAGCAGAGGCGAGGGUGAACGUCAUAUUCGCCAUUAAGCAAUCGCAUGGAGAAGGGCUCAGGGACUUCCUCGCUCGGUUCAACCGUGUAAGAAUGACCCUUCCAAAUGUAUCUGAAGGAAUGGCGGUAGCCGCUUUCCAGAACGGGCUAAGCAGAAGUGGGUCGCGGGCGGCCAAAAAGUUUCUGAGCCGACUCAUGAAAUACCCUCCAACCACUUGGGACGAGAUACACAACGUCUACUGUGCCGAGGUAAGAGCUGACGAGGACGAUCUCAACGGACCUACCCAAAGUCUGACCUCGGUCAAAAUGGAGUCUAGGAAAGACCGGAGAAACGACAACAGGAGGGAUCUAGCGGAAUCCCAACCUAAUCGAGAAAGACAUCGGCCUUAUGUCAGAGGCACCCUCAUGCCACCUCCACGCUAUGAUGAAGGUCCAUCCAGGCCGCGAACGGGAAUUCACCGAAAUGAGAGAGGACUGCAUCGCCCUAAGACAGGAGGUCGUGAAUAUGCUUCACCAAGGGCACUUGAAAGAGCUGAUGAGCGAUCGUGGGAGGGCCAACUUCACCAGGGACCUCCCAAACCACCUUCCCCAGUUCAGACCAUUCAAAUGAUAAUCGGAGGAGGCGACAACGCAUAUAUCAACAGCAUGAAGUUCACCACCACCCACAAACUCAAACGGUCCAUCAGCCACGAAUGGUAUGACGAACUCGAAGAAAGUAUCAUAUUCGAUAAGUCAGAUACCCACAGUUUGGUCUUUCCUCACUAUGACGCUCUUGUCAUUACUUUACGUGUCUUUGAUACUGAUGUAAAACGUAUUAUGGUCGAUUAUGGAAGCGGCGCGUGCAUCAUCCAUCCUCGAGUUCUCACCCAAAUGAAUCUCGAGGAAAAGAUAGUGCCACGUUGCAUCACGCUGACAAGCUUUAACAAUGCAGUUGAGCGGACAUCUGGAGAAAUCACACUGCCCGUCCUGGCCGGCGGCAUCACUUUGGAGACCACGUUCCACAUCAUGGACCAGGAUACGGCGUACAAUGCCAUCAUAGGCCGAUUGUGGAUACAUGCCAUGAAAGCCGUCCCCUCCAGCUUAUACCAAGUCAUUAAAUUUCCCACCCCCUGGGAGUGUUCUACAUCCGAUGAGAGCAACGCACGGCCCGAGAAUGCUACCGCAUCGCCCAAGACUGCACAUACACCCAACAAUUAA